GAAUUGGUGAGUGCUUGGUUUCCUGUGUGAAUACUUAAUGCAAACCACGUGGUGUGAAAGCAGACUGCAGCUUCUUUUGUUCAAAUCAAUCAAACCGGAGACGGGUAGAGAGCUGCUGAAUCAGGAAAUCACCGCUUCAGAUAACAAAAUGCCCCGUAAGAAGGUGACAGAUGUCUCAGGGAAUGGUGGGGUGAAAAAGAAGCGGACCAGCGGCAAGAGGAAAGAGAGAGACUUCAGUAGUGAUGAGGACUUUGACUUCGAACAGGAGAACAACAAGAAACCUGGCAAGCCUGCUAAGUCCGGCCUGCAGCCUGUCACUGUGGCCGACGACGUCAAAGAGAAAAUAAAACUUGAUUGCUCAAAGAUAAAAGGUCAACUGCUGAUCUUUGGAGCAACCAACUGGGAUUUGAUUGGAAGAAAGGAGGUGCCUAAACAACAAGCUGCUUUUCGCAACCUGGGCCAGAAUCUGUGGGGUCCUCACCGCUACGGCUGCCUGAGUGAUGUCCAGGUGAGCUGUGUGGUGGCUGGGCCCUGCGCUGCACACAGUCUGCUCAUGACCACCGAGGGCAAGCUGUGGAGCUGGGGUCGUAAUGAGAAAGGUCAGUUGGGUCACGGAGACACCAAGCGUCUGGAGGCUCCCAAGUUGAUCGAGGCCCUGGCUGAUCAGGUGAUCGUUGCUGCAGCUUGUGGACGCAACCACACACUGGCACUCACAGAGAAUGGCACUGCAUACUCUUUUGGUGAGAAUAAGCUUGGUCAGCUCGGCCAGGGCAACCAGACCGAUGCAGUGCUUAGCCCAGCACCGAUUUCCUACAAUGGCCAGCCCCUGGUGAAGGUGGCCUGUGGAGCUGAGUUCAGCAUGGUGGUGGACUGCAAAGGAAACCUGUACUCCUUCGGCUGCCCCGAGUACGGACAGCUGGGUCACAACAGUGAUGGAAAGUUCAUCGCUCGUGCCCAGCGCAUCGAGUUCGACUGUGAGCUCAUCGCCCGCCGUGUCGCCAUCUUCAUCGAGAAGUCCAAGGAUGGCCAGGUCAUGCCUGUGCCUAACGUGGUGAUCCGAGACGUGGCCUGCGGGUCUAACCACACACUGGUGCUGGACUCUCAGAAGCGGGUGUUCAGCUGGGGGUUCGGAGGUUACGGCCGGCUGGGGCACACGGAGCAGAAGGACGAGAUGGUGCCCCGGCUCGUCAAACUGUUUGACUUCCCUGGACGUGGCGCCGCUCAGAUCUGUAGCGGAUACCAGUGCUCCUUCGCUGUCAGUGAGAUGGGGGGGCUGUUUUUCUGGGGAGUGACAAACACUUCCAGAGAGUCCACCAUGUACCCCAAAGCUGUGCAGGAUCUGUGUGGCUGGAAGAUCCGCAGCCUGUCCUGUGGGAAGAGCAGCAUCAUUAUUGCUGCAGAUGAGAGUACGAUCAGCUGGGGCCCCUCGCCCACAUUUGGAGAGCUGGGAUAUGGAGACAACAAACCCAAGUCCUCCACCACCGCUCAGGAGGUGAAGACCUUGGAUGGGGUCUACAUCGAGCAGGUGAUGAUGGGCUACUGUCACUCUCUGGUGAUUGCCAGGCAGGAUACUGAGCAGGAACAGGAGAGACUGAAAAAGCUGCCAGAGUACAACCCCCGAACAAUCUGAUUGGACCUCCAUCAGCAACACCUCAUCCCCCGGAGCAUGGCCCGCCUGUUUGUCUCUGCUGGUCUACAAGUGGGACGGAUGAGUUUGGGGGGAGAGGAUACCCACACAUCUCAACUACCAGCAAACUGCCUGCACCAAUUCGGACACUGCAAUGAGAGAACACGGGCUGGAGACUGACAGAUUCCCUGGAUAGUCCACCAGCUCUCAAGGAAUGGUCAACAUAUCUCCACCUCGAGUCUACCUGCAGAAGUUGGCUCAAAGCACCUCACACCUUUUGAGUCUUGCUCGCCAAAAACCCUUCUCCAUUUUGUUAAACAGCCAAACGUUCAUGUCUUGUUCUGUUGUUUUCUUUGUUGCAGUAUAUAAAGUUGUCACAUUUACAGGUGCUACACCGCAGGACUCUCAGUCUUUUCCUACUGAGGGCUUUUCAAAGACCAAUUUCCAUUCCUGUGCCUUUUUCUACGCGUUUGUUCAGGAUAUGGAAGUGUUGUUUGUGUUGUUCAGCGGAUCAGUGUACGAGCGGUGUGCUGCUGCCACACAUUACAAUCAGGAUUUGGAGCACUCCAUUAGAUGGUUACAUUCCUUUUGUUAUGGUCAGUGUUGCAUCAAGAAUGCACUGGUCAGUCCUUCCAAGACCUCUUGUCUGCCAGAUCUGUCUUUGCUCAAUUAACUAUUCCAGCGCUUAGCUGGUUCCAGAAGCAGGACAGAAUCUUUCUCAUGUACAUGUUCAUGUCUUGAGGUGUUCUGGAAACUAAGGCAUGUCUUUGUUUUAAAAACAGCAGAGGUGUUUUCCUCAUACCUGUAAUAAAUACUUUUUUUUAAUGGUGAAAUGGGUUACUUUGUUUUUUCAUUUGAAUGGUAAAUAAAGAUUCAUGUGAAUUGA